AUGGAGCGGGUAGGCGGCCCCUCCCUUUCAGUCAUCUCUGUUCGCCGCUGGUUAUACCACGUCACCCCGCUCUCCUCACAAGCCCCGUUCCGUACAGCUGGUCCCCACUCGCCCCUGCUGCCCCGCCCCGCCAGCAGACUCGCGCAUCAGUCAGUCUUCGCUGAACCGCCGCGCCGUUACAUUCUAUAUGUAUGUUCAUGA